AUGCCCGCACCAUUCACCGCAUCGUGGCGCCUCCGGGGCAGAAGUGGGUGGACGGCACUCAGCGGCGUGCCAUCGGAGGCACCAUGGCCAAGGCUGGUGCCAAGUACAUCAACAAGGGCGGUGCCAGCGGCAUCAGUGACCUUGCAGGCAGCGUGUCGCAGAGUUCGUGCUUUCUGCCUCAGCUUUCUUACCGUCCAGGGCAUACCCAGAAGAACGGCGAGGAGCUCGGAGGCCUGA